GCUUUCCCCGUUUCCUCCAACAAACCAACAUGUCCGAGCGAGCCUUCGAUAGCUAUCCUGGACUGUGUCAUGCUGUAUCUCCGUCCGAGGCAUCGCCCCUCGAACUCCUUGAUGUUUCGUACGACAUGACCUCCGAACAACAAACUCUACCCGGUCCCGUCUGUGGCAGCAUCGACACCAACAACGAAUUCUCUGCAUUUCAAGCCACGCUACUAGAUGCAUCGAAGGGGGUGACGGAGGGAACGGAUGCAGAAUAUAAAGCCUCAUGCAGCAGUGUCAGAGAUUCCUCGUGGGCAUGGGAUGGUUGCGAGGUGAUGAGUCGUUCUAUUCCAACCAACCCCAUCGUGAUGCGCCGACAUUCAUCAUCGCCUGGAUUAUGAAUGCGUGCGAUUCAAUUACACUGAAGGGCACGAGUAAACCGCCAUCUGAGGAACGAGGCACUUAUGGCCAUGCGCAGAAGAUGAGGGCAGCAAUGACCUAUGCCUUUGGGCGGUUACAUGGGCUCGGUGAUAUGCCCUGGCAUCAGUCAGAGGUACCGGGGAAUUCCACCAUGCUGGGGAACCCAAGUAUGUCGGUACAGGUGUCAUCUUACAUGUGUGCCUUACGGCGCCGCAAGGUCCAAGCUGGCGAAGUCGCCAUCAGCGCACGUGCAAUCACAUCAGAGAUACUCUCACAACUCUAUCAUUUCAACCAUCUACCCGACAAUUGGACCAUCCGUCCAUACCAGCCUGGCACUCGUCGACCUCGUGACCCCAACCAUCAUGGUCAAGAUGACAGGUUGGCAGACUGGGGCGGUGCUCGGGCCCGUCGUCUCUUACAAGCUGCCUAUACAAUUGCGUUCAUCUGCCUUCUCCGAUUUGAUGAAGUUUUGAAGAUUCAAGUCCACGACAUCAAUUUCAUGUAUGAUGCUGCCGGCACCACAACCGGCAUGUCCAUUACCCUCCCUUUCCGUAAAACUCACCAAACCGGAGACAUCAAACCAUAUUUCCUGUGGGCGUUCCAUCAAUCGGAAGCUCACCUCUGCGCUGUAAGGGCCAUAUCUGAGUGGAUCAUAGCAUCCAACAUCAUGUCCGGUUACCUCUUCCGCAAAAUUGCUUCUGGUGACCGUGUUGCAGAAGCCAACAUACCAAUGUCGUCUGAACAGUUCCUGGAAAUGUUCCGAAACAACUUGCUGGACCUCAACAUCGAUCCUGCAGCUUAUGGCACCCACUCUUUUCGGCGGGGAGGCUGCCAGUACCUCCACAUCGAACGACGAUGGCCUCUGAGGAAAAUUUGUGAAUGGGGAGGUUGGAGUCAAGAAUUCACUAACCUCACGAUAGUUAAGUACCUCAUCUCAGUCAACGAUGAUGCGAUGGAGGCCCGCGAAGAUUUUUUCAACCCAAAUCGCCGUCCUGCACUCAAAUGCCCACACUGUGGACGAUCUUGUGCUUGUGCUUGACUAGCGUCUCUCGUUUUGCGGGGGAAUGAUACUCCUUAAUGACAGGCUCCAUGUCGGGUACCUGGUUCAUUUGAAUUGGCCAAGCGGUUCCCGAGUUGUUUGCAUUUUCGUGAGAAGGGCCACCCUCGAGGUCUUGUCAUCAUAUCUUGUCCGUCUCCUCGCCAUUCCUCUCGCUUUAUGGUCCGUUCAUUCCGCUCGCUGAACCCUAUUUGGAGAUACCUCAUUCACCCAGUUCUGCGCAGUAGUCCUCAAGAUAUGCCCAUUUUUUGUGACUGGAAUGGCUACGAGGCAAUUUGGCAUGUAACUUGGGUCUGUAUAGGAGUCCCCCACCGUCUUCGGGAUUCUUGUAUCGAUUCCUCCAGCCCUCGUCACUCAGUGGUCUGUCCUUCUCCCCAUGCUGGUAUCUGGUGA